CUGGAGAAAAUCAGCAGGUCUUGCGUGACAUGUGACAUUUCAUCAUCAAAAUUGUUAUUAGAAACUGAAUGGAGAAGUAGUUUAGUCCUGGGUUGGCCACAACCGCAGUCAGAUUCAGCACCUGACCAAGUGUGACAUCCCGCCGGCACCAUGACCAUGUUCCAGACCCAGUACUACCCUGCGGUUGCUGCUAGCUUCACCCUGUUCCUGUCCUUCUUCCUGUACGCCAGUCCCUGGUUGUCACGUCGGCUCUGUUCGCCGUACAGGGAGAUGCCUUAUCGGAAACAACUGGACUGGGACACAAGAACAACGUCAACCCUACACGCCCUUGUGGUGGGUCCGUGGUCACUCUACGUUCUUCUAGCAGACACUGCACUCAGCGAAGACCCAGUCUGGAAUGAUUCUUUUGCUGCAAAACUCUGUAUAGCAGUUACAGUGGGCUAUACCAUUACAGACGUAGUUGCCCUGACGGUGUACUUCAGGUAUAUCGGGGACAUGGCCUUCCUUCUGCACCACUUUGGGACACUCUAUGCCUUCACUUAUGUGCUGAGUUAUGGAACACUGCCAUAUUUUGCUGUCUUCAGACUGUUCUGUGAGCUGUCUACACCAUUUGUAAACAACAGAUGGUUUCUGGAUGCUGUAAGUUAUCCCCGGAUGUCCAAGGCCUUUGUGGGGAACGGUUUACUGAUGACAGCGUCCUUUUUCCUGGUGCGGAUUGCAGUCAUUCCCAUCUACUGGUAUAAGGUGUACCUGGUGUUGGGAACAGAGCCGUACCACCGGCUGGGGUUCGGUGCCCAGUUCUGUUGGAUCUCCGUGUGCCUUGUUCUCGACAUCCUGAACGUCAUCUGGUUCCGAAAGAUGCUCCGAGGAGCACAGAAACUCCUCAAGACUGACGACAGGAGAGACGCAGCGAAAGACCUGAACAAAAACAUCUCCAGAGACCAGCCGCAGAAUCAUCCCACGCAAACACACAACGCCAACGGGAAAACUCACAAAACAGAGUGAUGUGCAAGAAACUAGGCAAAAAUAAAACUGUAACAACAAAAGCUAAAAUAUAUUUGAUGAACUGAAU